CGCAUUGAGGCAGUCAGAAGGACAUCACAUCAGUUUCUUUUGUGUUUUUUUUAUUCUCUCCAAUAAAACAAGGAAUAUUUAUCCCGAUGGGGAAUUACAGGCAACGACUUUAAAUAGCCGAAAUGUGUUUAAAUAUGUUCCCUUUUCAGUCGUAAUCAGGAGCGUGUUUGACCGCCCUCAUUGUCCUGAGCGCGCUUACACGCCACAUGGCACAAAACGUGUUCCGAGCUGAAUAAAGUAAUUAAAUUAAUGCCGAUUUGAUCCACACAAACUGUGUUGACCUUGGAUGCAGUGAAGACUGUGACCCUGCAUGGGAGCUGAACUGUCCCCUGUCAUCUUUAUUUUCUCCGGAAUGGCAUUUCAUUGGAAGUAGCCUUCAUAGUGGAAGAUGGCUUUUUACUUUCCCCCAGGUUGCAGCCUGAACCACAUCGAUGCCUAAUGGCACACUGACAGUGAAAGCUCGGCUUUUGUGAAAGGUUAAGUAUGACUGCAGCAGCAGGUGUACUAACAGGCUUGGCUAAGCUAAAACGCCAAGACUCUGCCCGCUCUCAGCACCGGUCCAUACCACCUACAUCGCCAGGCCUGGGAAACCCCACCCCAGAGACUGCUCCCAGAAAGCGGAAGCGACGUGCUGAUGUUGUAGUGGUGCGAGGCAGGCUCCGCCUCUACUCCGCCUCUGGGUUUUUCCUCCUCCUCGGACUGGUCAUCCUGGCCAUAGGGAUUGGUAUGGCAACACUUGGCUACUGGCCACACAGUGAAACCAUGUCCUCAGCCAAAAUACCAACUGGAGGAGGAUCUAAGACAGCAAUUUCAGGAGAAGCCAAAACAUCUGCUGUCACAGAGGGGGCCAUUGGUAACUCUAGCACAAGUCAUAAUGUGCAAGGUACACCAUCUAAGCAGACUGGGGGUGCUCUGACGCGGUUCUUGGAACAGCAUCGUCACUCUGAGAGGAUGAAAAUGUUCGGGCCCUUCACCAUGGGCAUUGGGAUUUUUAUUUUCAUCUGCGCUAAUGCCAUUCUUCAUGAAAACAGAGACAGAGAAACUAAGAUAAUCCAUAUGAGAGACAUGUACUCCACAGUCAUCGACAUCCAUCACCUCAGACAGAGAGAGCAAAAGCAACACCUUCACCGCAACAGCACCUAUGCAAGAGAAGUUGGGGAUCUUCGAGCCUUCAGCGCUGAGAAUGCCACUGCGGUUCGGAUGGCCAGCAACUCUCUCCUCGCCUUCUCUCGGGCUGGAGGAGGAGGAGUGUCUACAGAGGAGGAGGAGGUGCUGUUAGGGGACGAAGAGUUUCACAGACACAGGGAGCAUGCUAAGUUGGAUUGUAGCUUUGCGGGACUUUUGGCACCGCUCUACAAGGAUCGGUCCUUCUGUGGCCCGGGGAUUGGGUUGACUCACUCAGAUUCUGUACGCCACCAGUGGUCUGUGGAUGGAGAUAGGGAGAAGGGAGGACACCAUGCUCGCUCCAUUGUCUCCUCCUCUAUCUCUGCGUUCACUCUCCCUGUUAUAAAACUCAACAACUGUGUUAUUGAUGAACCGGAGAUGGAGGCAAUUACUGAGGAGGAAAGAGGAGGAGAGAGAGGGCAUGGUGAGAGGUCACAACCUCUGAGCUCCAAGGAAUCCUUGGUGGUUCCUGUAGCAUCUGUUGCCAAGGCCUCUAAACCGCCAGGCUUACAUCGGAGUAACUCCGCCUCUUCUUCAUCCCACUGCUCCUCUAUUUCCUCUACUUCCCUCUCCCCAGCCCCCUCGUCUACCUCAGGCUGCUGGCUUUCCCCAGGAGCAGCAAGGAGUGACUUUGGCUCCAACUCCUCUCUACACAUGCUCAGCAGCCACUCCAAAUCUCUGGACCUGGAGCGUGGGCCGAGCAUGCUAAGCGUUCAUCCGGAGCAGCGGAAGCACCCCAGCUGGCCCCGCCUCGACCGUAGCAACAGCACCCGGAGUAACAGUGGUAAUCGGGGCAGCACUAAAGGCUACAUGAGGCUGGAGGACAGGGAGGAACAAGGGGAGAGGUUGUUGGAUGUGUCACCAGCGAUGAUAGCGAGGCGUGACUAUAGUAAACGAGAGAAGCUGCUAAUGAUAUCAAGGUCACAUAAUAAUCUAAGCUUUGAGCAUGACGAGUUUAAUAGCAGUGCACUAAAAAGGGGCAGCUCUGAGACUCGAUUCUGAGGACAAUGAUCUGAAGGUUGUAGACCGUUCUGUCCUGUUCUGUAAAUUGCUCUCCAGAAAGUUUGAGUGUACAGUACUUUGUGUCAUGGGGAAACUGUUGAGUUUAACAGUUGCACACUGAAGAGAUCAAACUCAAACAUGAUUUGAAAGACACUUUUUCCAAGUAGCAGGCUGGAGAGUAGUGAAUAGC